GUUUUUGCAAUGCGGCAAUCAUUGACAGAGCGACGGCUUAAAAGUCCGUUUGGCCCACGGUUUUGAGUAGAUUCGAGUUUUUUUCAGCUGCAAAUUCAAAAUGAGGAUUGCUUUUUCUGUUCCGUUUGGCCUCUUUUUCAUGCUGGUGUUUCCUGGAGAAGGAAUGGGAGUGGAACUUCCUGAUCCGCCCGCCGUAGACUGCGUGUGGAGCCGCUGGUCCGAGUGGGGCGAAUGUGAACCGUGCACGUUAACCAGAAGGCGUUCUCGGAGCAUCAUGGUGUUCGGACAGUUCGGUGGCGAAUCAUGCCAGGGUUCGAUAGGUGAGCGGGAGUCCUGCGUAAACAAAACAGCGUGUCAACAACCCCCACGUCCUGCCUGCUCUGACACAGAGUUCCAGUGCGAAUCAGGUUCUUGCAUCAAAAAGAGGCUGACAUGCAACGGAGACUACGACUGCGAAGAUGGCUCCGAUGAGGACUGCGAACCCGGACGGCGCCCGUGUAUGUCCAACGUGUUGGAAAACAACGAGCAAGGCAGGACGGCCGGAUACGGAAUCAACAUUUUAGGCUCGGACCCUCGCAUGAACCCCUUCAACAACGAUUACUUCAACGGUCGAUGCGAUCGGGUCAGGAAUCCGUACAGCGGAAAGUACGACCGGCUGCCGUGGAAUGUCGGGGUGCUCAACUAUGAGACGCGAGCAGAGGAAACAGUUUCCCAAGAAAUCUACGAGGACACGCACAGCCUGCUAAAGGAAAUCUUGAGAGAGAUGAGUGGGAAGGUGGACGCGGGACUUUCCUUCAAGUUCAGCCCGAGCGAAGAGUCCAUGUCCGGCAAGCCUGUCAGUGCGAAUCUAGGAUACGAGUACGAGAAGAAAACCAUGAUCAAGCACGUGUCCGAGUAUGCCAACAUCCGGAACAAAAGCUUCAUGAGGGUGAAGGGCAGAAUCCAGAUGAGUACCUACAGGCUUCGUUCUCGCGAGCUGCAAGUAGCCGACGAGUUCCUGGCACACGCCCGCUCUUUGCCAUUGCAGUACGACAAGGGCAUCUACUUCGCCUUCCUGGAAGACUACGGCACGCACUACACCCGAAACGGAAAAUCUGGAGGAGAAUAUGAGCUCAUCUAUGUUCUCAACCAGGACGCCAUCAAGGCCAAAAAUCUGACAGAGAGAAAAGUUCAAGAAUGCGUCAAAUUGGGCAUCUCAGUAGACUUUAAUUUAGAGGUAGUUAAUGACGCAAAAGCUCACUUCAAAGACGACAAGUGCAACGACGUGUCCACAAAUGUCAAAGAUGAAAUCGCUGGGAAAGCUGUAGUGGAUAAGGUGAUGACGUCCGUGAAAGGAGGGACCCUUGAAAGCGCCGUGACAAUGAGGGCCAAACUAAACAAGGACGGGUUGAUGGACAUCGGCACCUACCAGGCGUGGGCUCGCACCAUCGCCGAUGCCCCUGCACUGCUAAGCAGCGAGUCGCAGCCUAUUUAUACGCUGGUUCCCUUGGACAUGGCCGACGCCAAUGUGAGGAUCACCAACAUGAAGCGGGCCACGGCGGACUACGUGGCCGAGUACAGCGUGUGCAAGUGUAAGCCGUGCCACAACGGAGGCACCGUCACACUGCUGGACGGCAAGUGUGUUUGUCUGUGCCCGCACCUCUUUGAGGGCAUGGCCUGCCAGAACUUUAAAGGCGACAAAGCAAAGUACACAGGCGAACGACCUGAGGUUUCCCAAGAAGGCAACUGGUCCUGUUGGUCCGCUUGGUCCGCCUGCAGCGGCGGGAAACGUACGAGGACACGGAGCUGCAACACAAAUGGACUACUCAAUGCCGGCUGCAGGGGAGACACUAGUAGCGAUGAGUACUGCUGACCAGCAUAACAGUGCCACACAGUGGUCGGAAUUGGCUUUAGUUUACAUCAGGGUUGUCCAAACUGUGGCCAGCAUUAUUGGCUUGCACCAAAUUAUGAAAAUAUUAUUGCAUAUGGCCCACACAAGAAGCUUGAAUUCAGCCUACAUUCUAUAACACUUCUCAGUUUUAACACUACAUGGAGCUAGUCACUUAAACAGAGCAUCUCCAAUAGCACAUAAAUCAAUGUAGGAAACUGGAGAAUAUCAUUAUUUGAUUUACAUAAAGGGCACUCAGUUAUCUCAUUGGCUGCCAUUAAUUGGCUGGUUUGCAUAAUUGCAAACUUUAAAAAUGCACUUUCGUGUGUAACUUUUGAUCUUCAUUUGUGUUUUUUUUAUGGGAUGUUUUUCCUCUUUAUAUCAUGUUUUAUAUUGAAUACAGAGCAGUAAUUCCAUACCUUCAUUUGUGUGUCUGAAUAAACUGUUCAUCCCUA